AUGAAACUGCUACAGGAAACGGGGGAUGCAGCACACGAAAGAAAGAUUAUAAAAUCUCAGAUGGAGAAACGCCGAAGGGAGAGGAUGAACAGCAGUCUGGAACAUCUGAGGACCAUGUUGCUUCAAGACCCACCACAUCCCGGUGGGACUCAGCGCAGAGUGGAGAAAGCUGAGAUACUCGAGCACUCAGUGCUUUUCCUGCAGAACACCAUCCAAAGACACAGGACGAAAUCUGCUGCAGCUUCAGCAGGAGCCCAGAAACACUCCUUGCAAGACGGCUUCUCCACCUGCCUGCAGAAUGCUGCUCAGUUCCUGGGACCUGAGGGGAAAGGCCUGUGGCUCGGAGCAGCACUGGAUGCAUCUCGUGCUGCUCGUUUUUCCCGCUCAGAGUCUGAUUCUGCAGGUGUUAAAAGGACAACUGAAGCGUGUUCCUCCAGCUCUCUGCCGCACACAAAGACCAUUCUCCAGAUGUUGAAACAAAAGUCAAAGCACAGACUGCGCACACAGGGCCACAGUGUUGCUCAUCCGUACCAACUUCCAGUCCAGCAGGGGUUUCCCCAACAGACUCUGAGACAAAAUCAUCUUGAGAUCAGCGUGGAGAGUCGAGCUGAAAAACAGAACCCGUCCCAGAGCAGCCCGCUCAGCCAGAGUGUGUGGAGACCCUGGUCCUGA